UUUUAUUAAAACAAGUUCAUCAUUUGCAUCAACUUGCAUUAAAUUAAGUCCGAUAAUUACGAAUACAGGAUGGACGAGGCACUGACUGUACCGCCUACGUUUCAAUUACAUUUCUCUAAACAAAUAUAUUGUGUCGAAUUGUCACAGUAUGAAUGGUCUCGACAUUUAAUUUGUAUUGCUCUUGCCGAAGAAAUUGUUAUCGGUACUAUUAAAUUUCAGGAAGAGGAUGAGACAGUAGAAGAUAUAGCUUAUAAUCCUUUAAGAACAUUUCGUCAUGACACCAGACCACAUGCCAUCGCGUGGAGUCCAGAAACCUCCUUGAGCGUAGUACCAAAAGUUUUAAUGUUUUGCAUUGCUGGGGCAGAUUUUAGAAUAAGAUUGUAUACCAGUAAUAUGACUGAUGAUACUGUAUGUGAGAUGGAAGGGCAUAAAGAUUAUAUAAAUUCAAUUUGUUAUGAAACUGAGGGUGAAAUAUUGGCUUCUGCAUCCGAUGAUCAUACAUGUAAACUUUGGGCUGUAAAGGAAGAUGAAAAAUGUAUUUCCACAUUUUAUUUAACAUCGCCUGGUAUGACCAUACGUUUUCACCCUGAAAAACCUGGCAAGUUUCUUGUGGGAGAAAAGAAUGGGCAGAUUCACAUGUAUGACGUGCGAAGUCAACAAGCAAUUAUGUCUCUAGAUGCAGAUAUUGUUCCUUUAAUGUCAAUCGAUUGGGGAUCUAAUCCAUUUAAAAUAGCUGGUAUAGCUGCUGGAAAGUUACUUCUAUGGGAUAUAUCCAAUCUGAGUUUACCACAGGAAUCAGGUCCUCUUCACAUUGAAGGUGGAUUAAUAGUAAAAUUUUCUCCUGUUUACGAUCAUUUAGUUGCAACUAUUGGUAGACCGGAUAAUUUAUUGAAAAUAAGAAAUGUGAAGUCUGACCAAGAGAUACUUUGUGGUCAAGUUAAAUUAAUAGGUGGAAUAACAUGGCAUUACAGUGAGCCAUACAUUUGUGCUGCAAGUGAUAGAGAAAUUCGUUUUUGGAAAGUAAGUCUGAAUUAA